GUGGUCACCCCCCCGGACUCGCCACUCUCCACUCGUCACCGUCACAGAGAAAUCGCAGUUAGUUUGAGUGCCCACCAAAUUUACUGCGAUUUAAAAAUGUCCAUUUUCCAGCAGUACCAAAGCCAAUCCGCCAAUUUAUUUUAUCCGCAAAUAUCCGAGGAUUAUUACUAUGACGACUAUUAUUAUUACUCUCGAGGUCAGGAAAUCCCUCCACCCAUCACUUAUGCAGAGUUAAAAAGAGAGGUUUUAGAAGAGUCCAGUAUCCAUGGCAACUCCAGCGGGGGGGAGAGUGGGAGUGGCGGGGGGAGCAUUUACGAUAAUAAUAAUGGUGGGGGUGGGGGUGCGGAUCCGGUGGGGGUGGUCCAGGAGGACGUUCAGCAGUUGAGAAUAAUCGAGCUGCGUCCGAACAAUUACAAUCGAAAUCAUACGACAACAGGAUUCAAUGUUCGAGAUAUACUCGAUUUACCUGAUAAUAAGUUGUCAUGGCAACAGCAUAAUUUUGAUAAUAAUCGGCAUGGCAACGGAUGGGACGGGGAAAUUCUACAAGACGAGUUGCCAUUGGAUUUUAAUAGGUUAACCCCCCCACACCACGACCCCACUUCUACCCCCACCACCCCCCAUCACCACCUCUACCCCCAGCAUAUAAUCCUAAAAGAUGAUUAUUUACCCCGUACGGCGAACCACACCCCCUCUUCUUCUUCAUCCCUAUCGUCACAUCACCUUCCACGACAGGAUUCAAAUUCCUCCACGAAUUCGACAUGUUCAAAGAAAAAGUCGCCAAGGAAACGGAGGAUUUUAUUCACCAAAAGUCAAAUUCACUCGUUGGAAUCCAGGUUUAGGACGCAGCGGUAUUUGAGCGCGGCGGAGAGAGAGGCACUCGCCAUGGAGGUUAAAUUAAGCCCCACGCAGGUCAAAAUUUGGUUCCAGAAUCAUCGGUAUAAAACUAAACAGGGGUGAUUUUAUUGAGAUUAAAGGGAAUAAAUUUGUUUUCGAGAAUGA